AUGCGGUUUGCUCUCCCUAUUACAGUUGCUGCUCGCGAGCCACUUGACACUUUCAGAAUUACCUUGCAGAAUUACCACAAACUGAACCACCCUUGGAAAGCAGUGGAGGCACUUUCCCGUCCGGAAAUUGCACAUCCUCCAAUGAUGGAGAAGGACCCCAAGCUUAUAUUGGCAGAAAAUUGCUUGAGUAAACUCACCGAAGAGCCUUUUGCAUCGGUACAUUACGCGGCAUUAUUGCAGCGGAAGCACCUGCUCCCGACUGAACCCUUCGGCGAUAGCAAGAUCGGACUUUUUGAGGAUGGUGAGAUAUCUUAUAAGCAUGCAGCUCUCCAUUGGGCAGAGUAUACCACCGCGAUAAAUGAUCCUCCUUCCUCCUUCCUCCUAAAGCUAUCAGGAUUUAUCCUAAGCGUUGCGGCUGUCACGUGGUCAGAAGAACUGGUUGACAUCAAGGGUGGGAGUGAAGCUACGACGAUUAAUGUCCAAAUUGACGUCCGUACACAGCUGACGGAUUGGGCUUAUUCCCUGCCACCUCCGAAACGAACCAAAAUUCCUCUGAGUGAGUUUUUCGUCACAGCGCAUGAAAAGCUGCGGCACAAACUCACAGAAGAUGGGGACGAUAGUCUGCUCGCUUAUCUUCCAGCUGUGCGCCUCGGUCAGUUUUAUAGCAUAGGGGGAAAGUCGGAUGAUGAUUUUCGGAAAGCGUAUGUUUACAAAAAGAUCGUAGUGGAUGGAUACACCAAAAUCCUGGGAAAACGCAGCCCCCUGACUUUGAAGGCUCGAACGACGUGGGCCAACGAGUUCUUUUCACGGCAAUGCAUUGCCGAGGCAGAGACGGAGCUGCUUGAGAUAGCAAGUAUUCAGAAGGAGGUGUCGGGUGAGGGAUCACUCCCCUAUCUGGAGGCUCUCCAGCUGCUCGGAAGCGCUCAGUACUGUCUUACGAAAUUUGGAAAUGCAUUCAUAUCAUUGAAGGAGUCAGGGAGGGGAUUAUUUCGAUUGCUUGGGAAUGAAAACUGGGCGUAUCAAGUCAAUGACCUCUACAUGGGAAUUGGGCCCCAAUAG